GUUAAGGAUCAAUAUCUUUCAAAAUAAUUCAAAAUGAUUGAAAUAACUUGUAAUGAUAGAUUGGGAAAGAAAGUCAGAGUAAAAUGUAAUCCUGAAGAUACAAUCGGUGAUUUAAAAAAAUUAAUUGCGGCUCAAACAGGAACUAAAUGGGAAAAAAUAAUUUUGAAGAAAUGGUACACAAUUUUCAAAGAUCAUAUUAGAUUGGGAGAUUAUGAAAUUCAUGAUGGAAUGAACAUAGAACUUUACUAUCAAUGAAUAUAUGUAGUAAAAACGGACUGUACAUUUUUUUUUCUUUAAUACAUAAUACAAUUUAACUAAUAAAGAUUACUUUUUAAAAUAA